AUGUUUUUGAAAUUCAUGUUAUGAGAACACGAAUCCUGCAAACUGCUGCAAGCACUAAUGUCAACGUUGGCCAAGACAAUGUCUAAGUUCCGUCUGGCAGUGGUCCAGCUACACGUGACCAAGGUCAAAGCUGACAACCUCUCUAGAGCCCGGGGGCUGAUCAGCGAAGCAGCUGGACAUGGGGCCAAAGUGGUGGUCUUACCUGAGUGCUUCAACUCCCCCUAUGGGACUGGCUUCUUCCCUGAGUAUGCAGAGAAGAUCCCUGGAGAAUCCAGCCGGGCUCUGUCAGAGGCAGCCAAGGAGAGCCAGGUGUAUCUGGUGGGAGGCUCCAUCCCUGAGGAGGAUGAUGGAGGGAAGCUGUAUAACACAUGUCCAGUGUUUGGACCUGACGGCAGCCUGGUGCUCAAACACAGGAAGAUCCACCUAUUUGACAUCGACGUUCCAGGGAAGAUCCGUUUCCAGGAGUCAGAGACACUGAGCCCAGGGAGCAACCUGUCAGUGUUCGACACACCAUACUGUAAGGUGGGUGUGGGGAUCUGCUAUGACAUGAGGUUUGCAGAGCUGGCCCAACUCUACGCUAAGAAAGGAUGUCAGCUGUUGGUCUACCCUGGAGCAUUCAACAUGACCACCGGGCCGGCCCACUGGGAACUGCUGCAGAGAGGAAGGGCGGUUGAUAACCAGGUGUACGUGGCCACAGCUUCCCCUGCCAGAGAUGAGACAGCCUCCUACGUGGCCUGGGGUCACAGCACUGUCGUUAGCCCCUGGGGAGAGGUGAUAUCUAAGGCAGGGUCUGAAGAGGCUGUUGUUUACGCAGACAUUGACCUGCAGUAUUUGGCCAACGUUCGUCAACAGAUCCCCAUCACAGCCCAACGCCGCAGUGACAUCUACACAGUGAACGCAGUGCAGGAGGGAUGAACUUUAACCCCUGAACCCUGACCUCUUAGCUAUGAUACAAACUGAGCCAAUCUGAGCCAAUCAGGAGUUACAGUAAACAGACCUGUCUAUUCUUGGUGUGAAACACAUGCCUCUGUAAUGUGGAGAAAUUGAUGGAUAAAGAAUAUGAGUGUUGGCUACACAGCUGUUCGUGCCUACAAUACAUGAUUCAGCUGUGACUGACAAUGCAGUAGCAGUAGUAGUGGUGGUAGUAGGAGUAGUAGUAGUAGUAAUAGUAGUAGUAGUAGCAGUAGCAGUAGUAG